UGUAAAUAACCGAGUACGGGCUGGAACCCCUGGGUCAGUGCUUUGGGGAUGCACUCCAGAUCCUCCCAGCAACUGUCCGCCCUCGCUUCUGAGUGCUGGGAGACCCGCAGGCAGCGCCGGACGGGUCAAUGCCAGCCGGAUGAUGACCGGUUGUGGCCAGCGGUCCUGGAACACGCUUGCCGUCUUCUCCUUGCUGUUUCCUGCAGUCCUGUCCGCGCAUUUCCGGGUGUGUGAGCCUUACACGGACCACAAAGGACGCUACCACUUCGGUUUCCACUGCCCGAGACUCUCAGACAACAAAACCUUCAUCCUGUGCUGUCACCAUAACAACACAGUCUUCAAAUACUGCUGCAACGAGACGGAAUUCCAGGCAGUCAUGCAGGCGAACCUCACGGCCGGCCCCGAGGGCUACAUGCACAACAACUACACGGCACUGUUGGGAGUGUGGAUCUACGGUUUCUUUGUGCUCACACUGCUGGUCCUGGAUCUACUCUAUUACUCUGCCAUGAACUAUGACAUCUGCAAAGUUUACCUGACGAGGUGGGGCAUCCACGGAAGGUGGAUGAAACAGGACCCCCGGCGGUGGGGGAACCCUGCUCGGGCCCCUCGGCAGCCGGCCCCACAGCCGCAGCCUCCCCCAGGCGCCCUGCCACAAGCCCCCCAGGCCGUGCACAUGUUGCGGGGAGACACCCACAGCCCGCCCCUCCUGGCCUUCCAGAGCUCCUCUGCCUGAAAACUCCUUUGCCGUGCCUCAGGAUGGGGGAGGUUCGAUCAGGAGCACCUGGGACGGCCUCCACAAGCAGCUUCCACCCAGACACCAGGGAGAGCCCGGGCGGUGACGUCGUGACAAAAGAGGAAACAGCACCUGUGCCCGGAGCCCCCGUCCACGGACUCCUGGGAUUAGGAGCAAACUCAGGGGAUGGAGACAGGGUGCAGGAGAGGGGCUCUGAGCCACCUGUCCUCAAGCAAUAGUUCUCUUCUGGGCCGGUGGCUUCUGAGAAGCGACUUGGUAUAGAGUCAGAUGAUCAACGUGAAACCACCCUGGCUGAUCCCAGCCAGGAUUUCGGGCUCUGAGUCCUACCAUGGUCCAAACACUGAAGUUUUCCCUGCCUCCACUACCCCCAAUUAGUGGCCCCUUAGGCCUAUUCGUGUCAGAAUACUGUGUGUGCGCGCACGUGUGUGAUUCUGGGUUUUAUUCUGUUUGUUCGUUCAGUUAGUUUUUCAUUGAGCUUCCCUGCCACUGGCUGCAGGUUCUGAUGGGCACAGGUUACCACAGGGCUGGGGAGCCUUCCCUGUGUCCUUGUCUAGGGCUCAAGCCCCUUGCUGUGGCCAGGAGAUGUGAGUCAGUGGAGUCAGCUGGCACAGGGUCCAGACUCACUGUGUUUAGGGGGCAAUGAGGACUGGAGAAUACCAGUUAGUUCCUGUACGAGCAGUAAUAACAAGGGGCAGGCUCUGCUGACCUCCGACAGCCACCAGCUUGGUGCUGUCACAGCUCCUGGGAGGUAGGGGUGGCUAACCUCUGUGGAAGCAGUUCAUUUUGGGAAAGGGUGCCCGGGUCACAUGGUGAGGGGUGGCAGGAACUCAAGUUCAGGUUUUUGAACCUUGGGUUUGAUAGGCUACACAAGCUAGGGCCCCCAGCAUGGUCAGUGGAGCAUGUGCCCAGUGCCCUUGCCGUGGGUGAGGCAUCCCCUAACAGGUUUUCCACCAUCACUGCCUGAGCCUCAUCCAGCAGCUCAAGCUGAUCACAUGCCUAUGCAGUGACAGGCCCCAUGUCAGAUAGUCAUAAGAUCCAGAGGUGAGUGGGGCCUGUUCCACCCUGGGGCACCCCAACUAGGAGAGAGAAAGCCACACGGACAGGGUGAGGGGCCUAUGGAAACUCAAAGCAGGAGUUUCUAGAAAUCCACCCACUUUAACAUGGGAGUGUCCACAUAAGUCUGGAUCUAUGGCAUCUUUUAUAAGCUCAUCAUUCCUGUCCCAGUCCCGCCACCCUGGGACACAGAGAGGGAAAGAUACCCUCCAGAAGUGACACUGAAAAUCCUGGGGGGCAUUCUGGCAGGGUAGACAUGGCUGUCCCACUCCUGGGAAUGAGCUCAAAGUGUCCCCACACUCAGCCCUGUGAUCUGUUCUUCCAGAGGCCACAUCCUCACUGAACAACCAGUAUCCCCACACUGGUCAGCCACUCACCUGCCACACGCUGUGGGGAGCCAGCAGGCUUCUGCUUGUGGGGACUGGUCAGAAAGGAAGAGGUCGGCAUGGAGGUGCCCUUGGGAGACCCAAAUGGCAUACCAUCAAAACCGUGUGAGGCUUAGGUGGUCAGGGAUGAUUAAGUCCAGGUCCAAAUGACAGGUCAGACCUGUCAAGAGCUCUAGAGAGGAGGCACACAUGUGGGCAGAGGACAGGCCUGAUGAAUUAAUGGAUGUAAACAAAGCCAGGAUGGCAGGGCCCAGCAGGCAGCAGAGGUAAGCAGACCCUAGAUGCACGUUGUCUUGGUUAGCGUGCUGGUGUACGUACACAACGCUCCACGUUGAUACAGCAGAAUGUUCUGGAACAUAAAGCUCUUUCUAACCCUGCCUAGCUCUUUGUCCUCUCAACCCCACAUGAGGGAGGGAUGACCCUUUGGUUGGACUAGGAAGUUGGUGGACUCAGCUGGCUUGAGAGGCCUUGUGGGUCAGAGGCCUCUGUCUCAGCACCCAGCCUGUUUCCUCCAGAGGCGCCACUGUGCCGGGCUUGUGGCCUGGAGGGGUCUGUGCUCAGGGUGUUGCUUUGGGAUGGGGUCCUCCCCUCCCACAUUGAAUCAUCCUGAGAGAACUCCAGUACUGCAUUGUGUGGAACAGCAAUUGCCCUGGAGAGUGUUCAUUGAUGGACAGCUGGGUCAGCCCUCACCUGUGGCCCUGGGCAGAGCUUCUGCAGUCAGAGGGGUUCCAGAUACUGACAGCAACUCAUCAUGGGGUUGCAGGCAAAGCCUGGGUCUCCCUGCCUCAGUUUCCCCAAUGGUGAGGGGGAGGAGUCAGACUAGAUGCUGAGGAGACUUCCAGCUUUGUAUGACUGUGACUGACUCUCCUGGAGAGCUACGUCUCUGCCUCCCUCCCUCCCCAACAGGGGGCCAUGGCUACGCAGAACAUGGGAGAAGUGCCCUGGGUCCACCCAAGCAUCUUAGGGGAAUCACAGGAGAUUCCCUUGUUACAGAACAGAGUAGGACACGCCUAUGGAGAUUCUAGUCAAGGGCUGAGAGUCUGGGUGCUGUCCAGCAUGCAGGAGGUUCCCAUCCCCAAAGGUCAGAGGUGAUGACAUUCCAGGCCCCAGGCCCCAGCUGGGUGACCCUAUCCCACCCACUGCCCAGCCUUUCUGAGCCUCCCUUCCAUACCUGGCCAGCCAGGGGUGCGGUCUGGGUCCCAUCCUGAACUGGUAUUGGGUGGCCCUGAUAAAAAUCUGUCCCCAUUUCACGGUGGCUGUGGCUGGCAGGUAUAACAAUUAGUAGCAUGUCCUAAAGAAUUCAAGGAGCAGAGAAGCAUUCUAGAACAGUUCUAGACUUGUCAUUUCUGUACCUACCAGUGGCAACUUUUCCAUCUGCCUACGUUUCCUCCUUCCAGUUAGCUUCCACCACAGCCCCUAGUCUGUAACAAGUAGCCCCUAGGGAGCAGAAGUGGGUGGUAAUGCUGCACUCCCAGCUUGACGGUGUGGCAUCCCCAUGUCUGUCUUGACAAUUUCCCACCCACCGGGAACCCUGUGUCCUUAGUGAGCUGUCACACCCUGUCGUGUGCUCUGCGUUCUGGAACCUCCUUUCAGAACCCCUCACCAGCCAGCUCCCAGCUGGCUUCCCUCACCAGGGAAGCAGCCUGCUCACAUCUGUGGGAGUGGCCAACCACCAGGCCAGCAACAGUGUGCAACAGGCCUUAAUCCAAACAUGCGCUUGUGCCCCCCAUACACAUACAGAUGCACACCCACAAGUACAUAUGUAUAGAUACACGAAUACAUGCAGCUAUAGACAUGCAAACACACCUGUGUGUGCAACUGUACAUGCUCAUGUGUCCACACAUGCCUACUCAUGAAUGCACAUGUGUAUACAUAUACACACAUCCACAUGUGAACACAUGUACAUGCACACCUGUGCAUGUACCGUAUACAUGCCUGUGUCCACACAUGCACAGCUGUGAGCACACAUGUGUACAUGAGCACAGUUGUGUGCACCCACAUACACCCACACAUGAACACACACCUGUAAAUACAACUUGCACAUGCUCACAUGUCUACACAAUUCUGAUCUGGCCCCUCACAGGCUAUGAUACUGCAGGCAACAGUGGGGGAACGUCUAGCACAGACCACUUCCUAGGUCAUCAGAAAAACCCCUCCAGCCAAGUUUAGCUUCAGAGUGGAAAGAGAACUUUGGGCAUCAGGAAAACAGGCGGAGAGGAGGGUAGAGAUUGUCUUCGACCAAGUGUUGGCACUCAGCCCAUCUGGUGCUCCCCGCCAGGUCCUUGCAAAUAAGGAUGUGACUGGCCAUGCCCUGUGCUGAUGGCCACCAGCCCCCGUCCAUACCAGGUGGACAUCUGAGCCCCACAUGCCCCUCCAGCCACUGUCCCCUGGGAUCCUCCCAUCAUACCUGGUUGCUAGUUCUACAAGAGGUUGUAAGAGGACCAGGUUUCCCCAAACCAUGGGCUUUAAGAUGUCUCUUAGUGGCUUGUAUUCUCAACUCAGCCGCUUGGCUCUCACUAACAGGAAGAGUCUGGGGUAUAAACUUGAGAUUACCCAGGCAUCCAGGCACACAUGGCCUCCUGGGCAUUUCCUGUCCACAUGAAGGGCAUUUCCAGGCCAGGAGCCAUGGCAGGCUCCCUCUACCAGGAGACUCUGGGCUGAGAUAGUGGACUUUAGGGACUAGUCACGCAACAAGCACCAGUGAUCCCAAGGACCAUCCGAUGGGUCAGAGGGCUGCCAGGUGGUGACAACACAGAGCAAGGGUGGUGUCCUGUGCCCUCCAGAAAACAAGCCUUCAUGCCCACUGUGCAUCAGGACCAUCAUGGUUCCCCAUCCCGCCCGCAGCCCUGACUCUCUGUGCACUUCGGAAGGGCUCAAGGUUGAAGGUGGGUGACUGGGACCAUCAGGGCAGGGACACCCAGCACACACACUUCACAAGUUGCUUGUGUGCAGCAGACACUUGCUGACUACCCGCCACUGGCCUGCUGUGAACCCAGCAUCUUGGAAGCCCCUCCUGUGUAGACAGAUGUGUCAGAGAACACAAGUGACCCCAAGAGAGGCUGAGUUCCACUGCUGCUGCUGUGACUAGCCAUGUCUAGUAAAUUAGAAACUCUCCAACCCACAGAAUAAGGAACAUUUAUCUGUCCUGCCCACAUAAGUGACCUUGGAGGUGGGUCACUCCCUGCCCCCAGUUUCCAGUCCAAACCCCUGCCAGGUAGCUGGUGCUAGAGAUGCUUGGUGGGUGAGUGAACUUAGUCAUUAGUCACUCUGUGGCUGACACUCCUAUCUUCAUGUCAAAACCUUGACCUGUUUGCCCUUUACAGACUGAACUACAGGGCUGCCUGUGGUACCCGCCCCCCAGGAGGCAGCCUCCACAACACUGUCCGUCCAAGUGGUAACAGGGACAACUGGAGGGACAGUGACUCUCCGUCUGGCCAGUGGCCUAAACCAUCCUCCAAAUGUACAGGUUCUCUUGCAGGUCAUAUCAAGCUGGGACCAGGAGCUGCAGUCACAGGCCCACCCUGGGCCUCUCGUGUGGUUACAACUGGAACCCGACCAAUGUGGGUUCUUGGACUUGUGCCUCAGUUUCUCAUGCCAGUCUCUUCUGUGUUCAAACUAGGGGGAAACGUCACUGUUUGAUACCCACAGGUGAGGGUGUGGGCAAUGUGCAAUAACCAAUGGGGCUGCAGGGAGAGGGUGGGGUAACCGUAGUGAGGCAGGGACCUCCCUCCAAAGGACACGUGUCCUCCCUGGGUCAGGGGGACACGCCAGUCAGGCAGGGGUGAGGCAGGAAGGAUUCUCUAUUUUAGAAACUCCAGCCUUGUGUUUAGUGGGCAUGGAGUCUCCCUCAGAGCCGAUGACUGGGCAAACCAAAAACUAAUAUUCCUCCUACUACUAAUAUAAUAAUAACGUGUUUUCACUGACCGCUGUUGCGCUGUGUUUGUCUUUCUAUACUGUAGUUUUUAUAACGACAUCCUUAGUUUUAAUAAAGGAGAGUCAUGUUAACUGUU